AACGCUGAAAAGUUAGUUUACUCAGUGGGCGAGGCAAUCAAAUAACUUGGGCCUACUGAUAGAGCCGAAACCACUGACUGAUAUCCAUACAGCAGCGCAAGACAGCGAAGACAAGAGUCACAGUGCCAACGCUAGAAACGUCAUCAUGCCGAAGUGUCCCAAGUGCAACAAGGAGGUAUACUUCGCUGAGAAGGUGACCUCCAUAGGGAAAGAUUGGCACAGGCCAUGUUUGAAGUGUGAGAAAUGUGGGAAGACACUUGCGGCGGGAAGCCACGCUGAGAGAGAUGGGAAACCUUACUGUCACAAACCCUGCUAUUCUGCGCUGUUUGGACCAGGAGGUUUCGGCCAUGGCGGAACAGAAAGUUAUAAAUAUUAGGUAUCUUGUAACUUUGUGAACACCUCUGCCGGGAACCAGUUACCGAUACCAACAAUCCCUGUUCUCGACAAGAACCUUUGGCUGAUAUGGGACCAAAUAUUACCAUUCCUUUCUUCUAGGUUAUCAGAAUGUAUAUUUAACCUCUUUCCAUAAAGCCUUAUCUUUCUAAUUACUCCAUUGUUAUUCUGUCGCCUCUUGACUUAUCUCACGUGAUGAAGCGAAUAAACAUGACUGUGUUUUUCUAUAGCUUUUUGCAUAGUGUUUUAUAUGCAUAUUAAACCCGGCAUUGUUAGACGCUAUAUGUCCUUCAGGCUGUGUGUUUUAGAUUUCACAUAUUCGACAUAUUCCACGUCAAAUGCUUGUUCAACCUUAAGCAAUAAAGUUUCUUUAUUCUCAUUUCA